AUGUGGUCUGCAGAAAAUAACGGGUUUUGUGCGCCUUGUGAACAUCGUCCACAAUCUAGAGCACGUCGGAGCAACGCUUCGCAGGUUGUGACGGGAAAAAGUCGACCGGAAAAGGAAGAGCAAAGCACAGACGCUACGGGCAUGGAGAAUGAUGUGCGAGUUUCCCGUACACCUGUAAAACACGAAGAAAAAGGACCUCGCUCGCAUGUGAAGGCUGACAGAAACAAUGGCAAUCAGAACACGACUUCGAGUAAAGCAAGUCGUGGGGAGGAGGGUUCCUCACAAGACGGGAACGUGCACCAAGCUCCGCCGGUGCUUGCAAUUGAGUGGAAACGCUUCCCUUACGACUUUGCUCGAGGCGAAUUUGAAGUCCAUGGAUUUCCACUCUACAUAGAAGGACAUUCGCGCAUCCGCCCUGCACACCUUCAGCAAGAUGCUGACACCGGGAAGUCGAUCUGGGACGGCAGCGUGGUUCUUGCGAGGUUCGUUGCUCAGCGUCUGUUCCCUUUGCCCCAAGCGCGUGAGCCAUCCUCGUCUGCCAAAGAUUCGAGGGUGCCUCGAUCUAACAAGGGAGCACCAGGAGAGGGAAACACACCACCCCGCCGAGUCGUGCUGGAACUGGGCGCGGGUGUCGGCGUCGCUGGCCUUGCAGCGGCUGCGGCGCUCGCCGCUGCCACACGUGCGUCUCGGGAUCACCAGCGACGCGAGGGAGAAGUGAAGACGUGCCAAGGAAUUGACAGGGAUGCUUGUGCGACGCAGAGAGACGUACGCCAGACCAGCCAAGUGUCGAAUAUCGCAGGUAUCGGCGUCUCAGGCACCAAUGCCGACAUUACAAGCCCACAACGGAAUCAAGUUAUCGUGACAGACUUGCCAUAUUGCUUGGAGGCGUUAGCUGAGAAUAUCAGACGGAAUAGGCACUUCGCUGUAGAGAGGAAGUCUUCUGCACGUACCGCAGAUGCUGAGGAGAGUAACGGGAGUGCACAUGACGCCGUGAAGACGCAGACGACCAUGGACCCGUACGUCGAGCAAGUGAAAAGCGAGGUGUCUGUAUGGCCACUAGACUGGAAUGAGCCUGAUAAGUUUGCCGAGAUUUCUGACGGAGUUCUGAAUCCUGGAGAAGUCCAGGUGCUGCUUGGGGCAGAUAUUGUCUGGCUGACGAGCCUCGUAGAACCGCUGGUCAAGACGAUUGACUGGUUCUUUGAGGAGAAUCGAAAGUGGAUGCUGCAGACCACUGGUGAGACGAGGACCGAAGAAACAGAGAAGAUACGCUCGAGACCUUCUCCCUUGGUGGCCUACAUCUCUCAUCAGACGCGUUCGGAAAAAACGGACGAGAUGCUGUUCCGCACGCUUUCCGCAACAGGCCUUGAGGUCGAGAUACAACAAUUUGACGACCCCGUCGCGAACAGAAGUCCAAAUAUCCGUAUCCUAAAGAUUUGGAAAAGCCGCUGA